AGUAUUAAAAAUACAUGUGAAAUGAAAUUUUUGUCGUUUAUUGCAUUUGUUUGGUAUUUGUUUGGUACAGCAAGAGUUACAGCUGUCAGCUGUCCUGAUUCAGAUUAUCAAUGUAUACAAAGUCAAGUUUGUAUACCUAAGAGUAAAACGUGUGACUCCAUUCAAGAUUGCUCAGAUGGCUCUGAUGAAAGUUUGAAUGCUGGAUGUGAGUCUCCAACAAGUAUUCCUUCAAACUUGCAUAUAAAAAACAUAACAUCAUCAAGUAUUACAGUAGAAUGGAAUGCUAUAAACGAUAUGCCUGAAGAUCGUAUAACAAGCUAUCAGUGUCAAAUAGUAACAACAAAUGGUGGAUUUUUGGAUAUAAAAACUGUUUCUCAGAGUAAUGGUUUAGUAAGUAUCACAUUUGUUGAUCUUCUUCCUGGGUACUUAUAUAAAUUUCGAGUGAGAGCUAUUAACCUUAGUGGCCCUGGGCAAUAUUCCGGUUUUAUCACUGCUACAACCAGCUCAGGAAUUCUUGGUGCAGUUACAAAUAUCCAAGUUACACCAGUUCUCUUUUUUGAAAACACAUCUGUACUGCUACAAUGGAAUCCUCCAACUCUACUUCUUGGAUAUACAACCAAGAGUUUAACAUACUAUUUGUCAUAUUGUGAACUGAAUGUAAUUACUGGGUGUACAAAUAUAUCCCUGAAUAGUAGCACACUACAAAUCAAAUUAAUGAAUUUGAAAUCCAAUAUUUUUUAUCAAUACACUAUUACUCCAAUUGCAGUUUAUACUGUUGGAGUUAAAGUUGGAGAGGCAUCAUCAAAUAUUUUUAAAACUGCUUUGACAGCAAUAUAUUUUGGAUCAUUGUCUUGUUGGAACACAAAAUCGUUUACUAAGUUAUUUUAUCAGAAGAUGUUAGGUCCAAUAUAUUACUAUACAAUUAGCAGAUUAAUAAAAUCUACUAUUAAUACUGAAAAAAUUCUUUGCGCAAAAUGGUCUAAUGUUUUAUUGAAUUGUAAUUUAUUUAUUUAUUUUAUAGCAUUGCCGAAAUCUGCACCAGUUAUUCAGCAGAUCGCAUCUGCAGGUCCAAACUCGAUUGUAAUUGUCUUUUCAGUGAUCAAUGACUUGUCUGAGAGAGUGCAGUCUUACUCGUUUAUUAACAUAAACACAAGUAUUGUGCAGACAGUAAAUGCCUUGAAUUUGCCACCUUCUGUCAAUACGCUUAACGUUACGUUUACAGGGCUGUCUACUGGUGUGUAUUACUUUUUCAAAGGAAAAGCAGUCAAUCCGUCAGGAGAUGGUCCUUACAGCUCGCCUUUGGGGUUCAUGUUGCCGGCAUCAGGUUUGGUUGUCACUGCUUUUAAUGUGACUGUCGCUCCAGUUACUCACUUUGAAAGCAAUUCAGUUAAAAUCUCUUGGUCACCUCCUCAAACUACAGGAGCAGCAGAUCCAUCCGCUUUUCAAUACCUUGUAUCUUAUUGCGAAUUGAACUUACCAGCGACAUGUGUGAACUCUACAAUGUCAUCUCAGCAAUUUGUAACGCUUACAAACUUGAAAAGUGCAACUUUCUACCAAUACACUGUCUAUCUGUUCAGUUCUGAAUUGUCUUCGACACAGUUUUUUACAUAUACAUACAAAACAGCAGAUAGGGACACUUGUCAAGUUGGUUACUUCACUUGUGUUUCAAACGGUCAGUGCAUCUUAAUGAAUAGAACUUGUAACUUGGUUCAAGACUGCUCAGACAACUCAGACGAACUUGUGUCAGCUGGUUGCGCAUUGCCGAAAUCUGCACCAGUUAUUCAGCAGAUCGCAUCUGCAGGUCCAAACUCGAUUGUAAUUGUCUUUUCAGUGAUCAAUGACUUGUCUGAGAGAGUGCAGUCUUACUCGUUUAUUAACAUAAACACAAGUAUUGUGCAGACAGUAAAUGCCUUGAAUUUGCCACCUUCUGUCAAUACGCUUAACGUUACGUUUACAGGGCUGUCUACUGGUGUGUAUUACUUUUUCAAAGGAAAAGCAGUCAAUCCGUCAGGAGAUGGUCCUUACAGCUCGCCUUUGGGGUUCAUGUUGCCGGCAUCAGGUUUGGUUGUCACUGCUUUUAAUGUGACUGUCGCUCCAGUUACUCACUUUGAAAGCAAUUCAGUUAAAAUCUCUUGGUCACCUCCUCAAACUACAGGAGCAGCAGAUCCAUCCGCUUUUCAAUACCUUGUAUCUUAUUGCGAAUUGAACUUACCAGCGACAUGUGUGAACUCUACAAUGUCAUCUCAGCAAUUUGUAACGCUUACAAACUUGAAAAGUGCAACUUUCUACCAAUACACUGUCUAUCUGUUCAGUUCUGAAUUGUCUUCGACACAGUUUUUUACAUAUACAUACAAAACAGCAGAUAGGGACACUUGUCAAGUUGGUUACUUCACUUGUGUUUCAAACGGUCAGUGCAUCUUAAUGAAUAGAACUUGUAACUUGGUUCAAGACUGCUCAGACAACUCAGACGAACUUGUGUCAGCUGGUUGCGCAUUGCCGAAAUCUGCACCAGUUAUUCAGCAGAUCGCAUCUGCAGGUCCAAACUCGAUUGUAAUUGUCUUUUCAGUGAUCAAUGACUUGUCUGAGAGAGUGCAGUCUUACUCGUUUAUUAACAUAAACACAAGUAUUGUGCAGACAGUAAAUGCCUUGAAUUUGCCACCUUCUGUCAAUACGCUUAACGUUACGUUUACAGGGCUGUCUACUGGUGUGUAUUACUUUUUCAAAGGAAAAGCAGUCAAUCCGUCAGGAGAUGGUCCUUACAGCUCGCCUUUGGGGUUCAUGUUGCCGGCAUCAGGUUUGGUUGUCACUGCUUUUAAUGUGACUGUCGCUCCAGUUACUCACUUUGAAAGCAAUUCAGUUAAAAUCUCUUGGUCACCUCCUCAAACUACAGGAGCAGCAGAUCCAUCCGCUUUUCAAUACCUUGUAUCUUAUUGCGAAUUGAACUUACCAGCGACAUGUGUGAACUCUACAAUGUCAUCUCAGCAAUUUGUAACGCUUACAAACUUGAAAAGUGCAACUUUCUACCAAUACACUGUCUAUCUGUUCAGUUCUGAAUUGUCUUCGACACAGUUUUUUACAUAUACAUACAAAACAGCAGAUAGGGACACUUGUCAAGUUGGUUACUUCACUUGUGUUUCAAACGGUCAGUGCAUCUUAAUGAAUAGAACUUGUAACUUGGUUCAAGACUGCUCAGACAACUCAGACGAACUUGUGUCAGCUGGUUGCGCAUUGCCGAAAUCUGCACCAGUUAUUCAGCAGAUCGCAUCUGCAGGUCCAAACUCGAUUGUAAUUGUCUUUUCAGUGAUCAAUGACUUGUCUGAGAGAGUGCAGUCUUACUCGUUUAUUAACAUAAACACAAGUAUUGUGCAGACAGUAAAUGCCUUGAAUUUGCCACCUUCUGUCAAUACGCUUAACGUUACGUUUACAGGGCUGUCUACUGGUGUGUAUUACUUUUUCAAAGGAAAAGCAGUCAAUCCGUCAGGAGAUGGUCCUUACAGCUCGCCUUUGGGGUUCAUGUUGCCGGCAUCAGGUUUGGUUGUCACUGCUUUUAAUGUGACUGUCGCUCCAGUUACUCACUUUGAAAGCAAUUCAGUUAAAAUCUCUUGGUCACCUCCUCAAACUACAGGAGCAGCAGAUCCAUCCGCUUUUCAAUACCUUGUAUCUUAUUGCGAAUUGAACUUACCAGCGACAUGUGUGAACUCUACAAUGUCAUCUCAGCAAUUUGUAACGCUUACAAACUUGAAAAGUGCAACUUUCUACCAAUACACUGUCUAUCUGUUCAGUUCUGAAUUGUCUUCGACACAGUUUUUUACAUAUACAUACAAAACAGCAGAUAGGGACACUUGUCAAGUUGGUUACUUCACUUGUGUUUCAAACGGUCAGUGCAUCUUAAUGAAUAGAACUUGUAACUUGGUUCAAGACUGCUCAGACAACUCAGACGAACUUGUGUCAGCUGGUUGCGCAUUGCCGAAAUCUGCACCAGUUAUUCAGCAGAUCGCAUCUGCAGGUCCAAACUCGAUUGUAAUUGUCUUUUCAGUGAUCAAUGACUUGUCUGAGAGAGUGCAGUCUUACUCGUUUAUUAACAUAAACACAAGUAUUGUGCAGACAGUAAAUGCCUUGAAUUUGCCACCUUCUGUCAAUACGCUUAACGUUACGUUUACAGGGCUGUCUACUGGUGUGUAUUACUUUUUCAAAGGAAAAGCAGUCAAUCCGUCAGGAGAUGGUCCUUACAGCUCGCCUUUGGGGUUCAUGUUGCCGGCAUCAGGUUUGGUUGUCACUGCUUUUAAUGUGACUGUCGCUCCAGUUACUCACUUUGAAAGCAAUUCAGUUAAAAUCUCUUGGUCACCUCCUCAAACUACAGGAGCAGCAGAUCCAUCCGCUUUUCAAUACCUUGUAUCUUAUUGCGAAUUGAACUUACCAGCGACAUGUGUGAACUCUACAAUGUCAUCUCAGCAAUUUGUAACGCUUACAAACUUGAAAAGUGCAACUUUCUACCAAUACACUGUCUAUCUGUUCAGUUCUGAAUUGUCUUCGACACAGUUUUUUACAUAUACAUACAAAACAGCAGAUAGGGACACUUGUCAAGUUGGUUACUUCACUUGUGUUUCAAACGGUCAGUGCAUCUUAAUGAAUAGAACUUGUAACUUGGUUCAAGACUGCUCAGACAACUCAGACGAACUUGUGUCAGCUGGUUGCGCAUUGCCGAAAUCUGCACCAGUUAUUCAGCAGAUCGCAUCUGCAGGUCCAAACUCGAUUGUAAUUGUCUUUUCAGUGAUCAAUGACUUGUCUGAGAGAGUGCAGUCUUACUCGUUUAUUAACAUAAACACAAGUAUUGUGCAGACAGUAAAUGCCUUGAAUUUGCCACCUUCUGUCAAUACGCUUAACGUUACCUUUACAGGGCUGUCUACUGGUGUGUAUUACUUUUUCAAAGGAAAAGCAGUCAAUCCGUCAGGAGAUGGUCCUUACAGCUCGCCUUUGGGGUUCAUGUUGCCGGCAUCAGGUUUGGUUGUCACUGCUUUUAAUGUGACUGUCGCUCCAGUUACUCACUUUGAAAGCAAUUCAGUUAAAAUCUCUUGGUCACCUCCUCAAACUACAGGAGCAGCAGAUCCAUCCGCUUUUCAAUACCUUGUAUCUUAUUGCGAAUUGAACUUACCAGCGACAUGUGUGAACUCUACAAUGUCAUCUCAGCAAUUUGUAACGCUUACAAACUUGAAAAGUGCAACUUUCUACCAAUACACUGUCUAUCUGUUCAGUUCUGAAUUGUCUUCGACACAGUUUUUUACAUAUACAUACAAAACAGCAGAUAGGGACACUUGUCAAGUUGGUUACUUCACUUGUGUUUCAAACGGUCAGUGCAUCUUAAUGAAUAGAACUUGUAACUUGGUUCAAGACUGCUCAGACAACUCAGACGAACUUGUGUCAGCUGGUUGCGCAUUGCCGAAAUCUGCACCAGUUAUUCAGCAGAUCGCAUCUGCAGGUCCAAACUCGAUUGUAAUUGUCUUUUCAGUGAUCAAUGACUUGUCUGAGAGAGUGCAGUCUUACUCGUUUAUUAACAUAAACACAAGUAUUGUGCAGACAGUAAAUGCCUUGAAUUUGCCACCUUCUGUCAAUACGCUUAACGUUACCUUUACAGGGCUGUCUACUGGUGUGUAUUACUUUUUCAAAGGAAAAGCAGUCAAUCCGUCAGGAGAUGGUCCUUACAGCUCGCCUUUGGGGUUCAUGUUGCCGGCAUCAGGUUUGGUUGUCACUGCUUUUAAUGUGACUGUCGCUCCAGUUACUCACUUUGAAAGCAAUUCAGUUAAAAUCUCUUGGUCACCUCCUCAAACUACAGGAGCAGCAGAUCCAUCCGCUUUUCAAUACCUUGUAUCUUAUUGCGAAUUGAACUUACCAGCGACAUGUGUGAACUCUACAAUGUCAUCUCAGCAAUUUGUAACGCUUACAAACUUGAAAAGUGCAACUUUCUACCAAUACACUGUCUAUCUGUUCAGUUCUGAAUUGUCUUCGACACAGUUUUUUACAUAUACAUACAAAACAGCAGAUAGGGACACUUGUCAAGUUGGUUACUUCACUUGUGUUUCAAACGGUCAGUGCAUCUUAAUGAAUAGAACUUGUAACUUGGUUCAAGACUGCUCAGACAACUCAGAUGAACUUGUGUCAGCUGGUUGCGCAUUGCCGAAAUCUGCACCAGUUAUUCAGCAGAUCGCAUCUGCAGGUCCAAACUCGAUUGUAAUUGUCUUUUCAGUGAUCAAUGACUUGUCUGAGAGAGUGCAGUCUUACUCGUUUAUUAACAUAAACACAAGUAUUGUGCAGACAGUAAAUGCCUUGAAUUUGCCACCUUCUGUCAAUACGCUUAACGUUACGUUUACAGGGCUGUCUACUGGUGUGUAUUACUUUUUCAAAGGAAAAGCAGUCAAUCCGUCAGGAGAUGGUCCUUACAGCUCGCCUUUGGGGUUCAUGUUGCCGGCAUCAGGUUUGGUUGUCACUGCUUUUAAUGUGACUGUCGCUCCAGUUACUCACUUUGAAAGCAAUUCAGUUAAAAUCUCUUGGUCACCUCCUCAAACUACAGGAGCAGCAGAUCCAUCCGCUUUUCAAUACCUUGUAUCUUAUUGCGAAUUGAACUUACCAGCGACAUGUGUGAACUCUACAAUGUCAUCUCAGCAAUUUGUAACGCUUACAAACUUGAAAAGUGCAACUUUCUACCAAUACACUGUCUAUCUGUUCAGUUCUGAAUUGUCUUCGACACAGUUUUUUACAUAUACAUACAAAACAGCAGAUAGGGACACUUGUCAAGAUGGCUUUUUUACAUGUGUUGCAAAUGGUCAGUGCAUUUUAAAGAAUAAAACAUGUAACUCGGUUCAGGACUGCAUAGACAACACAGAUGAACUUCUUACAGCUGGUUGUGUUGUUCCUGUUAAUACCCCAUCAAAUCUACGCAUCAUAAAUACCACUUGGACAAGUAUAACAACAGCAUGGGAUGUAAUCAACAUUUCACAGGAUAGGAUAACAAACUAUGAGUGUCAAUUGGUUGGAGCUGAACUUGUUAAAAGUAUUAUACAGGACAGUGGUGAUAACAGACCUAAAGAGGCAAUUUUCAUUGGACUUAAUCCAGAUUCUUCGUACAUUCUCAGAGUAAGAGCGUUAAAUCCUAGUGGUCCUGGACCAUGGUCUAGUAAUAUGACUGUAAAUACAAUGGCAGGUGCAAUAGGAAAAGCAUCUAAUGUAAAAGCUACACCGACACUUUUUUCUGAGCAGUCUUCAUUUAUACUGUCAUGGUUCCCUCCUAUUAUACUUGUUGGUUAUAAUGCUAGCAGUUUGAGUUAUGUUGCAACAUAUUGUGAAUUAAAUAUUCCUACUACUUGCCAAAAUAUUUCUUUAAACAGCAACACAUUGCAAGUGCAGGUAACAGGUUUAAAAUCUAAUAGUUUUUAUCAGUACUCAUUGAUAGCUUUUGCCACAACAUCUUCAAAAGUUGGUGAUUUGACAGAAGGCACAUUCAAGACUUCAGUUCAAAACACUUGCAAUCCAGCAACACAAUUCACUUGUACUCAAGACAUGAGUUGUGUAAGCAAAGACCAUUUGUGUAAUGGGAUGUUCGAUUGUCCAGACAAAUCUGAUGAAUCUCUUUUAGCAGCUUGUUCUUUACCUAAGUCUGCACCAGAAGUUAAGGGCUCCUUUAUUUUUGAUUCAAAUACAAUUGGCAUUGUUUUCUCAGUAAUUAAAGACCCUGUUCAGAGAAUACAGUAUUAUUCAUUUGUUAACAUUAAUACUCGAGUUGUCAAAGUUGUUGAUGCAAGAAAUUUGCAACCUUCAGUUGAAACAUUGAGUGUUAACUUUACAGGGUUGUCUCCUGGUGUGUUUUACUAUUUUAAAGGAAAAGCAAUUAAUCCGUCAGGGGAUGGUCCUUACAGCAGCUCUUAUGGUGCUAUGUUGCAGAGUUCAGAUUUAUAUGGACCUAUUGUUGAUGUAUUCAAUGCUACUGUUGAACCAGUUGUUAACUUUGAAAGCAGUGCUGUAAAAGUAUCUUGGUUAACACAAGCAAUAGGUGGAGAAGAUCCAUCUACCUUUCAAUACCUUGUAUCUUAUUGUGAGCUAAAUUUUACAAACUGCGUUAAUUCAACUUUGUCAUCGCAGCUGUCUGCAAACCUUACUAAUUUGAAAUCAUCAACUGUUUAUCAAUAUUCUAUUUAUGUUUUUUAUUCUCAAAUCUUUUUGGGAAAAUAUGCUACAAGUACAUUUAAAACAGCAGGACCAAUUGUCGGUGUUUUCAAUGCAUCUGUUAUGCCAGUUAUGUACUUUGAAAGCACUGCAGUGAAUAUAUCCUGGUUACUUCCAAAGACUGUAAGUGGAGUAGAUCCAUCAACUUUUCAAUACCUUGUAUCAUAUUGUGAGCUAAAUUCCACCAACAUUACCUGUGUGAAUUCAACUUUGUCACCACAGCUAUCUUUAAAUCUUAACAAUUUGAAAGCAUCUGCUUUUUAUCAGUAUUCUGUUUAUGUUUUUUAUUCUGGAAUAUCUUUGGGAAAACUUAUCACAAGCACGUUCAAAACAGCAGAACCAAUUAUCAGUGAUUUUAAUUCUACUGUUGUACCAAUAAUGUUUUUUGAAAGCAGUGCAGUUAAUAUAUCUUGGUCACAUCCACAAACUUUAGGUGGAGUAAACGCAUUCAGUUUCCAAUAUCUUGUAGUAUAUUGUGAGAAUUCCACAAAUAUCACUUGUGUGAAUUCCACUUUGUUAUCACAGCUUUUUGUAAAUCUUACCAAUUUAAAACCUUCAACCGUUUAUCAAUAUUAUAUUUAUGUGUAUUAUUCUCAAAAUCGUUUGGGAAAGUUUGUAGCAGGUACUUUCAAAACAGCAAAUAAAGAUCUUGGUAAAUCAGACAAAACAAGUGGAUGGACACCUGCUCAGAAAGCAGCUUUUAGUAUAGGGAUCAUUAUAAUAGUAAGCGUUAUUGUGGGUGUCUCAGUAUAUUUAUACAAAAGGUCGAGAUCCGAUAAAGGAAUCAUUAACGAUCCAGAUAACAUUGAAAUGUCGUAACAAUGACUGAACCUAUGAAGUAUAUGUUUUGAUGUUCUUUUCUGUAAAUAUAUAUUUUAGAUACUUGUAGUAUUUUAAAAUUGAAUUAUUGUUUAAAAACGA